AUGCUGUUGCGUCCCACAGUGUCAGGAUUGUGCGCCAUGUUGCAGACCAUCUAUGAGACUGAGUCCUGUUUUUCCUCUGCUAGCACAGACAGCCACCACCAGCCUCUGGAGCUCCUGAGUGGCAACAGGGGCUCCAGCACUGCCAUGCCCACCACUGUGGAGGUGAAGAGCAGCUUCCCAUCGGGCAUGCAGAGCCCAGUAGGAGCAGCGAGCGAGCACAGAGGAGGAGGAGGUGGAGAAGGAGGUGGAGGAGGAAGCCCUGUGGACCUGCGGACAGAACCCAGGGUGGGGUCUCUGUCUGGGGGUGCGGCGGCGGUGGACACGACCCUGAGAGAGCAGCAGCUCCAGCAGGAACUGGUGCUUCUCAAACAGCAGCAGGAGCUCCAGAAACAGCUGCUGUUUGCAGAGUUCCAGAAAAAACACGAAGUGCUAACAAGACAACAUGAAGUCCAGCUGCAGGAGCACCUGAAGCAACAACAGGAGCUGCUGGCAGCAAAGCGGCAGCAGGAGCUGGAACAGAAGAGGAAACUGGAGCAACAAAGACAUGAAGAGCAGGAGAAACAGAGGCUGGAGCAACAACUGCUGCUGCUGAGGAACAAGGAGAAAGGAAAAGAGAGUGCCAUUGCCAGUACUGAGGUGAAGCUGAAGCUCCAGGAGUUCCUUCUCAGUAAGAAAGAGCCUGGUCCUGGUGGACUGAACCAUUCCUUCUCCCCAAAGUGCUGGGGAGCCCAGCACACCUCUCUGGAGCAGAGCUCUCCUCCGCAGAGUAACACACCAGGAACUCCUCCCUCCUACAAACUGCCCCCACUGCUGGGGAACUAUGAGAGCAAAGAUGAUUUCCCACUCCGCAAGACAGUCUCCGAGCCUAACCUGAAGGUGCGUUCGCGGUUGAAGCAGAAGGUGGCAGAGAGGCGGAGCUCUCCACUUCUCCGCAGGAAGGAUGGAACUGUCAUCAGCACCUUUAAGAAGAGAGCCAUAGAGAUAUCAGUCUCCUCUCUCUGUAAUAGCGCUCCAGGUUCAGGUCCCAGCAGUCCCAACAGUUCCAAUACAGCCAUCGCCAAUGGCAACACAGGAUCUGUCCCUAACAUACAGACUGAGCAACUGAGAUCUCUCCAUCAAACGCUGGGGGCUGAUGGGACAUUGAGUCCUCUGAGUCUCUACACCUCGCCCUCGCUGCCAAAUAUUUCCCUGGGGCUCCCUGCGAACACACACAUCACGGCCCCCCAGAAGCUGUCUACCCAGCAGGAGGCCGAGCGUCAAGCCAUCCAAUCAUUGCGAGGCGGCGGAGCUCUGACGGGGAAGUUUCUCUCCACAUCCUCCCUACCUGCAGGUAACUCUCACUCUGCCCAUUCCUCGUUACUGCAACAUGUACUACUACUGGAGCAGGCCAGACAACAGACGGCUAUGCUAGCUGUCCCCAUGUACAGCCAGUCGCCAUUGGUUACAGCAGAGAGAGGCGUGUCCAGUGGCAUGCGGGCAGUCAACAAGCUGCCUCGCCAUCGCCCACUGGCUCGUACCCAGAGUGCACCUUUGCCCCAGUCCCCCCAGGCCCUUCAGCAGCUGGUGGUUCAACAGCAACACCAGCACUUCCUGGAAAAACACUACAAGAUGCUAUCGAAGGGGACUGAUCUUCCAAGGCCACCACCCACCCACCCAGAGGAGACAGAGGAGGAGCUAACAGAGACCAAUGACAUGCAGGAAGAUGACGGAGGGGUGGGCCCUCACAGACUUCAGAAGGAGGGGUCAGAUGACAGCACACCCUCCUCUGAGCGACUUGGUGUGCACUUGAAGGGGGAGAGUACCGAGAGUGAGCUGGACGAAGAGGAAGAGGAUGAAGAAGUCAUCCAGCUGAGGGAGGGCGACGAAGAGGAGAGGGGGAGCUAUUCGCAGGUUUGUGUGAAAACACCCUUGCAGCAGUUGGGUGUAUUCCAGUCCUCCCUGCCCCACAGACCUCUGGGAAGAGCGCAGUCCUCCCCUGCAACCACGGUCAAUCCCAUCAAACACCUCUUUACUACUGGGCUUGUGUAUGACAGUCUGAUGUUGAAGCAUCAGUGUGUGUGUGGCAAUGCUCACAUCCACCCAGAGCAUGCUGGGAGAGUGCAGAGCAUCUGGUCCAGACUGCAGGAGACGGGCCUGCUGGGCCGCUGCGAGAGGAUUCGUGGGCGUAAAGCGUCUCUGGAUGAGAUCCAGUCUGUUCAUUCAGAGUUUCACACUCUGCUCUAUGGAACCAGUCCGCUCAAUCGACACAAACUGGACCACAAGAAACUGCUGGGUCCAAUCAGCCAGAAGAUGUACGCCGUUCUUCCCUGUGGAGGAAUAGGGGUGGACAGUGACACAGUGUGGAAUGAAAUGCACUCAUCAGCAGCGGUUCGCAUGGCGGUUGGCUCGGUCAUCGAGCUGGCCUUCAGAGUGGCGGCAGGGGAGCUGAAGAACGGCUUCGCAGUGGUGCGUCCACCAGGUCACCACGCUGAGGAAUCCACUGCCAUGGGCUUUUGUUUCUUCAAUUCAGUAGCUAUCACUGCAAAGCUGCUGCAACAGAAACUGGGAGUGGGCAAGAUCCUCAUUGUGGAUUGGGACAUUCACCAUGGCAACGGCACCCAGCAGGCCUUCUACAGUGACCCCAACGUCCUCUACAUCUCUCUCCAUCGGUACGAUAAUGGAAACUUCUUUCCUGGCAGUGGAGCUCCUGAAGAGGUGGGAUCAGGUGCCGGUGUUGGUUUUAAUGUGAACAUAGCUUGGACCGGAGGAGUGGAGCCCCCUAUGGGUGAUGUGGAGUACCUUACUGCCUUUAGGAGCGUGGUGAUGCCCAUCGCCCAGCAGUUCAGCCCAGAUGUGGUCCUGGUGUCUGCAGGCUUUGAUGCAGUUGAGGGUCAUCAGUCUCCUCUGGGAGGCUACAAUGUCUCUGCCAAGUGCUUUGGUCAGCUAACGCAGCUGCUGAUGGGACUGGCAGGUGGGCGGGUUGUUAUGGCGCUGGAGGGCGGUCAUGACCUCACUGCCAUCUGUGACGCAUCAGAGGCCUGUGUCUCUGCGCUUCUGGGAGACGCGGUGAGACGCGGAGUCACAUUAUCAUCGAUAAUUAUUCAUGAGAAGCCAUGUCCAAAAGCCUGCGCCUCACUGGAGAGAGUAAUAGAGAUCCAGAGUAAACACUGGUCUUGUCUCCAGAGUUUGUCUCAGACAAGCGGCCACUCGUUAUUGGAUUGCCCCCUUGGUGCUAAGGGCCAAUCGGAGAAGGACGAGGCAGACACAGUCAGCGCCAUGGCCUCCCUGAGUGUUGAUGUUGAGCAGCCGGGCUCUGUUCCUGACAACUCAGAAACCAGCAGGUCCACAGAGGAGCCAAUGGAAGAAGAGCCUGUAUUGUAGGAGGAACUUAAACAAGAAGCACACAAAAAACUCCACAUUCAC